AUGAUCCUCAAGAAGCCCUCCAGUACGAAAACAAUGUCGUGGAAUCAGGUACCUUAUCAGCGACACUCCCAAGGUGGUGGACUCCUUCGAGUGGAUCAAAUCAAGUGGCGGCGCACAAUCCAAGAGCUCCUCAAGGCCAAGGACGCCGAUAUCCUUAAAAUCCUCAAGAAUGAUAAUUUCAUUCCAGAAUGGUCCGGAGCAGUGUGUCCCAAAUGUGAGACUGGUCCAGAAGGGCACUCGUUGCAGAUGCAAUCUACUGCGCUUCUACUUCGCCUCGCCUCCGUUCCCCUCAGUGUCAUCCAUUUGGUCACUCACAUGAACCACAAGGCCAUCGAGAAGAUGAACCGCAGCCUCAUGCUUCUACGAAAGGCCCAUGUCAUCAAAGCCGAGAAGGCUAUCGUUUUCGGAGGUGCUCCCCGUGCCUGGAGAGAUGUCGAGGUUGACGAAGCAACCUUCGACAAGAAAACCUUGACUCCAAUGGAAUUGUCGGAUGCAGACAGGCACGCGGGCAAAAACACCAUCUGGGAGCAGUGGGGCGGAUUGGUCCAGCGCGGGUGCCCUAAGACCUUGGUGCUCGUCAAACUGAAUCCAGCUAUCACUGUUCCUCGUGCUCCAGGACCGGGAGCCAUGAGGAAGGUCGACUGGAAGCCCCUUGCACUCAAAUAUCUUCAGAACCGUCGCGUCGUGCUGCACUCGGACUCGGCCCGGUCCUACCGCAUGAAGGUCCCGCGCAUGUUGCACGAUGUGGUGGUUCACAAGAAGAAGCAGGUGAAGCGAGGUGGCAAGUGGAUCUGGUUGAAGCCAAACUAUGUCAAGAUGUCCACCCACAAGCUCCCUGAUGGCAGCAAAAUUAAAACUAAAGCCGGCACUCAGAUAAUUGAUCGUGCCUGGCGGUUCAUCAAGGAGCGCUUGCGCAGAAAUCAAAAUGCCAAGGCUUCUUCUGCCAUGAUGUCCCUGCAGGUGCGGAGUGCCCAGUGGGAGUACUGGCACCGCAAUGACGACUUGUGGGUGUGCACAGGGGAAAUUUUGAAAGAGUACACUGCCGGGUUCGCUAAGCGCCCUGGUCAGUAA